AUGCCUCUGCCUCGUCAAGUAUUCAUCGCCGUUAUCGGUGCCGGUGGUGUAGGCAAAGCCUUCCUCUCCCAGCUGUCAGCCCUCUCCAAACGCCUCUCCCAAUCACCCUCGUCACCGUACUAUCUCUCCCUCAUCUGGCUCAGCACUUCCAAGAAAGCUGUCUACCACGCCGACUACAAGUCCCUCUCCAACUGGGAAUCCGAGCUUCAGAACACGUCCAAGCCUACAUUGCCUCUCCCUCAGCUCUGCGAAUACCUACAGAAAGCGCCUGGUAAGGUGGUACUGGUGGACAACACCAGCAAUCAGGACGUUGCCGACAGCUACCCCAAUUUCUUAAAGAAGGGCAUUAGCAUUGUAACACCAAACAAGAAGGCUUUCUCUGGAAGCUAUGAGCUAUGGACGCAGAUAUUUGACGCUGCGAGCAACGGGAACGGUGCUGGUGGCUACGUCUUCCACGAGUCGUCAGUCGGCGCAGGACUGCCUGUCAUCUCUACACUGAAGGACUUGGUUGAGACUGGAGACCAAGUCACAAAGAUUGAGGGCGUCUUCAGCGGAACCAUGAGUUUCCUCUUCAACUCCUUCCAGCCUCUCGGUGGCGGAGGUGGAAAGUUCUCAGCUGAAGUCACAUCAGCCAAAGAAAAGGGUUACACAGAACCAGAUGCUCGCGAUGAUUUAAACGGCCUAGACGUCGCUCGCAAACUAACCAUCCUAGCUCGCCUCGCUGGCCUGAAGGUCGAAUCGCCGACAUCCUUCCCCGUACAAUCUCUCAUCCCCAAAGAGCUCGAGUCCUGCUCAUCUGGCGACGAGUUCCUUGAGAAGCUCCCACAGUACGACGACCAGAUGGAGAAGCUCAAGGCCGAGGCAGAGAAGGAAGGCAAAGUCAUCCGGUUUGUAGGAAGUGUGGACGUGCCAAACAACAAGGUCAAGGUCGGGUUGGAGAAGUUCGACACAAGCCAUCCGAUUGCAGCACUCAAAGGAAGUGACAACAUCAUCGCAUUCUACACAAAGCGGUACGGCGACAACCCACUCAUCAUCCAGGGAGCCGGUGCUGGCGGCGAAGUCACUGCGAUGGGUGUUACUGCGGACCUAGUCAAGGUGCUCCGGUUAUUGCACUAA